CAUUAAUUUGAAUUCACAUUAAAGCAAAUUCAAACCUGUUCAUUGGUUUUUAGAAUAACUUUGUAAAUAUAUUUUCGAUAUGAAAAUCGAAAGGAAUCAAUUUGAACAAGUUUCGAAUUGAAAAUUUAUUAGAGCUGAUUAAAUUUUUUCGAUCCAGAGUAUUUCACGAGGAAAUUCAUCAUAUAUCAAGAGAUGAAAAUGAGUGGAGUGGUUCCAUUUAUAGCCAUGAUAGUUCAGCAAUUAGCACAAGUUGGAUUAGCUGUGGUAGCUAAAGUGGCUAUGUCAACUGGGAUGACUAGUUUCACUUAUACUUUUUACUCAAGUGCUUUUUCAACUCUACUUCUUAUUCCACUUUCCUUCUUCCUUCAUAGGUCAGCUAUUCCACCUCUUUGGCCUACUUUUCUCUAUGGAUUUUUCUUGCUUGGCAUAAUGGGUUUCUUGAUGCAAGUGCUUGGAUUUCUUGGACUUCAAUAUUCAUCUCCAUUACUUUCCACAGCAAUAUUGCAACUAGUUCCAGGAUUCACUUUCAUUCUUGCAGUCAUUCUCAGGAUGGAAACUUUUGAGUACAAAAGUUUGAGCACAAUGGCUAAAACUAUUGGGACUUUGGUAUCAAUAAUAGGUGCAUUUGUUGCAACUUUAUAUAAAGGCCCUCAAGUUUUUGGAAUUAGUCCUUUAAAUACAAUAUUAACAACCCCUUCUGCUUGGGCCAUUGGAGGUUUGCUCACUAUGAUUUGCUCUCUAAUUGCUUCUUUCUUUAUCAUUUCACAGGCAUUUGUCCUUAAGAAAUAUCCAGCAGAGCUGAUUUUAAUGUUGUUUUAUAGCUGCUGUGUUACAAUAUUAUGUGCUGUUUUCUCUUUAAUUGUUGAAAGAGAUUUGAAUUCUUGGAGUUUAAGCCCUCACAGCAGAUUAAUGGCUAUCAUAUACUCGGGUUUAUUUGGAAAUGUAUUCCAAGUUAGUAUAGGUGCAUGGUGUGUGAGGAAAAAAGGACCUCUCUUUGUUGUCAUGUUUCAUCCAUUAGGCAUUGUUGUUGCUAUGGCUGCUAGCAUAUUUAUGGGUGAAAUUAUUCAUGUGGGAAGUUUGGUGGGAUCAAUCAUCAUUGUGAUUGGAUUUUAUUCAGUGAUAUGGGGACAAAGUAAAGAAUGGAAAAAGAAAGAGAAGAACUUAGGAUCAAACAACAAGAAGAUGCCAUUUUUACAAGACAAAAUUGAUGAUGAUCCUGAGGUUAACGCAAGUUCAGAAACAAGACACUCAAAAAUGGCGAUGGAGAUGAAGGUAGCUUUGCCAUAUAUAGGAAUGGCUUCAACCCAAUUCGCACAAGUGGGUUUAAUGAUAGUAGGCAAAAAAGCCAUGUCCGCCGGAAUGACCAAUUUCACCUUCGUUUUCUACUCCAACACUCUUGCAGCCCUUAUUCUCCUCCCUUCUCUCUUCUUCUACAGGUCAACUCGUCCGCCACUCAAUUUCUCACUCAUUUGUUGGUUUUUCUUGCUGGGUGUUCUUGGUUGUUCAGCUCAGCUAACUGGGUAUACUGGGAUUAAUUAUACUUCUGCUUCGUUUGCCUCAGCAAUGCUCAACCUCAUCCCAGGUUUUACUUUCAUACUUGCCGUCAUUUUCAGGAUGGAAAAAUUAGAUUGUCGAAGUACAAGUACUCUGAUUAAAUCCAUUGGAACCAUCGUCUCAAUUGCCGGAGCAUUCACCGCCACUCUUUACAAGGGACCACAAAUUUUGUUGACUUCCUCUUCGAAGCCUCAAAAUUAUCUUCAUUUCCAGGAAACUGACUGGAUAAUUGGAGGACUAUAUCUUGUAGUGGAUUGUGUAGUGUCUUCGUUAUAUUUAAUUGUACAGGCUUCCGUCCUUCAGAAAUAUCCAGUUGAGCUGAUUGUGGUCUUCUUUUACUGCUUCUUUGCAUCCAUUAUAUCAGCAAUUGUCUCUCUGUUUAUGGACAGGAACUUAAAUGCUUGGUUGCUACAACCUGGUACGAGAUUGUUUGCUGUUCUAUACUCAGGAAUAUUUGGCUCAGCAUUUCAAGUCAGUGUGAUGUUUUGGUGCAUUCGUAGAAAGGGACCCCUCUUUGUUGCUAUGUUCCAUCCUCUUGGAAUCGUAAUUGCUGCUGCAUUGGGUAUAAUCUUCUUAGGAGAUAUUUUCUACCUUGGAAGCUUGAUGGGGUCAAUUAUAAUUGUUGUUGGCUUUUACGCUGUUAUGUGGGGAAAAACAAAAGAAGACAAGGUGGAUGAAGACAAGCUCACAAGAAAUAUCAAUUCAAAGUCCCCACUCUUGGAAAUAAAGGAUGCAGAGACAAAAAUUUAAGCAUAAAUUAUAGAAUGGAAGAAGUCAAAGCAAGUUGACAAUGCAUAUUGUGGAAGUUGUAGACAUGGAAGCCACAACCAAAUGGAGAUCCUCCUUUACUAAAGUUUGUAUAAAAUAGUUUGAAACAUUCAUACACGUGCUCAACAUUGUUGUAAAUGCAGAGCACAUAAGCCUAUGAAAUAUAAAAUAAGUCUCUAAUGACUUGGUUUGUCACUCAUUUUAUCAGUGUGUAUAUAUAUAUACUAUUAUUAUUCUGGUCAGCAUUGUGAUACUAUACUUUGUAAAGAUUCUUAAAUUUGAUGUGUAUAUAUAUAUUGAAUAGUUUGUGUAUAAU